GGCUCCUUGGUCACACCAUCACAAUACCAGUAGCGUAUAAUACAUCGCGUUGCACUGACGCUUUGGUUUCCUAGGACGCCGGAGGCUGAGCCGAGCGCAGGCCGGCGAUGGCUUCCGAUCUCACGAAAACGUUCGUGCUCGUUCUGUGCUCGAUGCAGCUGCUGCUGCUUGCCGGCCUUGCUCGCGCCGGCAACUUCUACCAGGACGUGGACAUCACCUGGGGCGACGGCCGCGGCAAGAUCCUGAGCAACGGCCAGCUCCUGACGCUAUCCCUGGACAGGUCCUCUGGUUCGGGCUUCCAGUCCAAGAGCCAGUACCUGUACGGCCGCUUCGACAUGCAGAUGAAGGUCGUCCCCGGCAACUCCGCCGGCACGGUCUCCACUUUCUAUCUGUCGUCGCAGGGGUCGCUGCACGACGAGAUCGACUUCGAGUUCCUGGGGAACGCGAGCGGCGAGCCGUACACCGUGCACACGAACGUGUACAGCCAGGGGCAGGGCGGCCGGGAGCAGCAGUUCCGCAUGUGGUUCGACCCCACCAAGGACUUCCACACCUACUCCGUCCUCUGGAACCCCAACCACAUCGUGUUCUACGUGGACGGGACGCCGAUACGGGAGUUCCGGAACCGGGAGGCGAUCGGGGUGGCGUUCCCAAAGAGCCAGCCGAUGCGCGUGUACGCCAGCGUGUGGGACGCCGAGGACUGGGCGACGCAGGGCGGGCGCGUGAAGACGGACUGGUCGCAGGCGCCGUUCACGGCGUCGUACCAGGGUUACACCGCGAGCGGGUGCACGUCGCCGGACGCGGCGGCGUGCGCGCGGUCCAACAGCCCGUGGAUGUACCAGGAGCUGGACAGCGCGGGGCAGGACCGGCUCCGGUGGGUGCAGAAGAACUACAUGAUCUACAACUACUGCACCGACACGUGGAGGUUCCCGCAGGGGCCGCCGCCCGAGUGCUCGGCGAAGUAGAGUUUUGUGCGUGCGCACGGAUACGCCCCUGUCAUGUAUGCACGUGCAGUAUAGUUUAAUGAAAAAGAAUGCAUGCGUGUUGCACCA